AUGACCGUCCGUGAUGCUCUCAAUCAAGCCAUGGAAGAGGAAAUGCGUGCAGAUGAAAAGGUCUUUAUCUUGGGUGAGGAAGUGGGCCGUUAUAAUGGUGCAUACAAGGUCACCAAAGGUUUAUUAGAAAAGUUUGGUGAAAAGCGAGUGAUCGACACUCCUAUUACUGAGAUGGGAUUUGCUGGUAUUGCGGUCGGUGCUGCUCUCGCUGGUUUAAAACCCAUUUGCGAAUUCAUGACUUUUAACUUUUCCCUUCAGGCUAUUGAUCAUAUCGUCAAUUCAGCUGGUAAAACAAAAUACAUGUCUGGUGGUCAAAUUGAUGUUCCAAUUGUAUUCCGUGGUCCAAACGGUGCUGCUGCUGGUGUUGGUGCUCAGCAUUCUCAAUGCUUUGCUGCUUGGUACGGUUCUGUUCCAGGCAUCAAGGUUGUCAGUCCAUGGAGUGCAGAGGACGCAAAAGGACUUCUCAAAGCAGCCAUUCGUGAUCCUAACCCCGUCGUUUUUCUCGAAAACGAAUUAUUGUAUGGCGUUUCAUUCCCAGUCUCGGACGCCGUACUCAAAAACGACUUUGUUUUACCUAUUGGAAAAGCCAAAAUUGAACUGCAAGGUACGGAUGUGACUAUUGUUGCACAUUCCAAGGCUGUUGGACAGUCGCUUGAAGCAGCUGCCGAAUUGGCAAACAAGGGAAUCAAGGCCGAGGUAAUUAAUCUUCGAUCCAUUCGUCCGUUGGAUAUGGACACGAUUAUCACAAGCGUAAGCAAGACCAACCAUAUUCUUACCGUAGAGGGCGGAUGGCCCAUGUUUGGUGUUGGAUCAGAAAUUGCAGCACAAAUCAUGGAAAGUGAGGCAUUUGACUAUCUCGAUGCACCUCUUGUACGAGUGACUGGAGCAGAUAUUCCUAUGCCGUAUGCAGCCAAUUUGGAAUCAGCCAGUUUACCCCAGGUGGACACGAUUGUUGGAGCAGUGAUGAAGAUGAUGGCUCGAAAGUAA